CCAGACGUCUGUCGGCGUUGUCAAGGAAAUCAUCAAACAAACGAGCAUAGAGAUCAACCAGUAUUCGGCAACAUUAUGGAGAACCCUCUUCCCGACCCGCGACCUCCGGGAUCCGGUCCUGAUGCCAUCAUGGUCCCUGCCAAGCACUUCUAUACAGAGGCGCAGAUCCAGCUUCGGUUGCAGCAGAUCGGGAUGGAUGAGGCGAAGGAUAUGCCGGCCAGGUUGCAGGGAAUCAGCAUGUUGGAUGAUGUUAGAAAAGCACUUUUGAUGCCCCAGAGAACUCUCAAUACAGCGAUCCAGAUCUUCCACCGUUUCCGUCUCCUUCAUGCAAUCACAGUGGAGAGCGGCUACGUCCUCAUUGAGGUCGCCUGUGCUUGCUUGCUUCUGGCAGCUAAAAUUGAGGACACUCUCAAGAAGCCCCGGGAGAUUGUGUGUGCCGCCCAUAAUAUGGGAAAAGCCAGCUCUGAGCACAUCAACUCCGAUGAUCCCAUCCUCGAGGCAUCCUCCAAAAAUAUCGUUGCUCUCGAGCGGCAGAUGCUGGAAGCCAUCGCCUUUGACUUCAAGUUCAAGUCGCCCCAGGCAAUCACCACAAAGUUCGGCAGGAAGUACUGUGGGUUUACGAAGGAGGACAAUCAAACUUCAUGGCACCUCGCGGUGGAUAUCUACCGCACAUGGGGCCCGUUGAAGCACACAUACACGGAUAUUGCCCUCGCGUGCUGUGAACUAGCGGGUCGUCUUCUCGAGAAAGAUAUGACCGUGUAUGAGACGGAACACCGGGCAAAGCUCUAUGGGAAUUACCAGUGUAGCCGGCUAAUUGUGUUGGAGAUCCUCCUUGACCUGAUCGACCUCUACCAACACCAUCGAAACACCACCAAAUGGGGCCAGAAAUAUCCCCCCGAACUCUGGACAUCCAUCCAAUCCUCCCUCGAAUCCGAGCGCGCUGCCGCCAACCUCCCACGCUACCGUCUUUCGCCCCAAGAAGCCGAGAACCUCGCCGCCGCCCGCGAGAACCGUGAGCCGCGCAACUUCACCAACCCCGGCCGUCCCAUCGGCUCGCAAUCCCAAUCGGCCGCGCUCAUGGCGGCGAUAGGGGCGCGGAGCCAGACGGGGACGGUACGGUUCCUGUUCAACUCGGAGGCGGCGAGGGAAGAGGAGCGGGUGGUGAGUCGGUUCUUCGAGGACGUGUAUGAGGAGGUGGAGGUGGAGAUCGACAGUGAUGGGAAUGAGAUCCCGGGGACGGAGAGGCCCGUGAAGCGGAGUCGGUUGGAUAGGGGGAGUGAGAUGGGGCCGUCCGGGACGAGGGACGAGUGAG